AUGGGAAUACUCGCCAGACUGAACAGUAGCUCUUCUCAUAUUAGCACUGUCGAAACGGGCCAUAUUGAAGUGAAGGACGGCGAAGGGCUUAUUUUCGUGAACAAUAUCUUUCCUUCGCGGUUACAAUGGCUGCUACAAGGGCCUCUUAGCGCUGGUCGGUCAUACGAACAAGUAUUGAAGCGUAUCGACAGACCACACCUAGCGGCUUCUGAUCCUUUACACAUAAUACGCCGCGUCUUUCCUCAGACACUGGACGUCGAUAUCCGGGAAGUUAUCCCCCGUUUCAGAGAAGGUGGUGCAUUUGUGAAGUAUAACCGCAAGGAUGGACUCAAGGACUUGGACAUCGUAACCUCGAUACAGAAUCACCUCAAAGAACACCCAAUUAGGCCAUGGUUCAAUCCGUUUCAGGAGGUCAACGUGGCCCAUGUUCAUGGCAGGCCCUGGAUUGAGGACCUAUACCGCAUUCCCACUCCACGGCUGAGAGUGGAAUUCCUGCCUGCUUCGUCUGAUGGGACAGCAGGAGAACCGACCACCGAGGCUCUGUACAGUGUGUUUCGCCGAUACGGCAAGCUAAGAGACAUCGAAAGGCAGCCGUCUGAUUCCAAGGUCACGCCCAGGUAUGCUUUCAUCGUGUUCUCCCGCGCGAGAAAUGCCGUUAUGGCCAAGAACUGCGUGCACGGCUUCACCAUCCCGGAGCAGGAAGGUGGUGGAAAGUCCGGCACAAGGAUCAAGAUCAAGUAUGAAGCCAACAUCAAGUUGUCCGUGAUCAAGGACUGGCUCUUGAAUCAUCCAAGGAUAGUAAUUCCCAUCAUUGCCGCCCUCAUCGCAGCCAUCACAGUAACUGUUUUUGACCCAAUCCGAACCUUCUUCAUUGAGAUGAAGAUCAAAGCGACCCUGCAAAAAGAAGAAAACAGCAUCUUGCGGUGGAUCAGAAACCAGGUGAAUAAAGCCAAUAUCAUUUAUUUCGGCCGCCGCGAAUCUGAUCCGCGCCGGCUCACGGCUAUUUGGGAGGAUCGUCAAGGUGAUAUCGCUCAGCUACAGUCGUGGCUGAUGGAAAACGCUGAAACUUUCAUUGUUAUCCACGGGCCUCGCGGGACUGGAAAGCGAGAGCUUGUGCUGGAUCGCGCCCUGGAAAACUACAGGUACAAGGUCGUUAUCGAUUGUAAACAAAUUCAGGAUGCGAAGGGUGACACGGCCAAGAUUUCUCGUGCUGCUAGCCAAGUAGGAUACCGACCGGUCUUCUCCUGGAUGAACAGCAUGAGCAGCUUCAUCGAUCUGGCCGCCCAGGGUAUGAUUGGCACGAAAGCCGGGUUCUCAGAGACCCUGGAUGCUCAGCUCAGCAAGAUCUGGCAAAAUACCGCCACUGCCCUCAAGAAAGUUGCAUUGGAGAACAAAAAGAACGAUGAGAAGGAGGCUCAUCUCAGCGAUGAGGAAUACCUUGAGGCUCAUCCAGAGCAGAGGCCCGUGGUGGUUAUCGAUAAUUUCUUGCACAAUUUCUCCGAGGACAGUGUAGUCUAUGACAAACUCACCGAAUGGGCCGCUGGCUUGACCACUGGGAAUAUAGCGCACGUCAUCUUUCUCACCACUGACGUCUCCUUCUCCAAGCCGUUGAGCAAAGCUCUACCCAACUCCGUGUUCCGGACCAUUUCCUUGGGCGACUGCUCACCGGAGGUAGGAAGGAAGUUUGUGCUCAGUCAUUUGGAAUACGAAUCAAAGACUGGCACGAAGCAGACUCCCGAUCUCGGUAACCUGUUAGACUUGGACAGCUGUAUACAGGUACUGGGAGGCCGGGUUACUGACCUUGAGUUCAUGGCACGGCGGAUUGAAGCUGGAGAGACCCCUUUAGCUGCCGUCACCCGUAUAAUUGAACAGUCAGCCUCCGAGAUCUUGAAGAUGUUCAUCUUGGGUAGUGACACAACCUCAAAGCCGUGGACACAGGAACAGGCAUGGCAUCUGAUCAAAACACUUGCUAAUACUAAAGAUGCGGCACUACCUUACAACCAGAUCCUGCUCUCCGACCUCUUCAAGGACAACGGCGAAGCAUCCUUGCGUGCUCUUGAGCAGGCGGAGUUGAUUUCUAUCAACUCAGUCAACGGUUGUCCCGAUGUGGUCAAGCCUGGCAAGCCUGUGUACAGGGCCGUUUUCAAGCGGCUCACCGAGAACAACACCUUGAGCAGCCGCCUGGAUCUCGAAAUUCUCAAACAGCUCAUUAGUGUCGAGAACAAGAGUAUAAGCAAGUACGAGGAGGAGUUACAACUUCUCGGAACGCUGCCCAAGCAACCUUGGGAGCUCGCCAGCCGGAUCAAAUGGCUCCUACAGAAGGUUUAUAGCUCACAAAACAAGGUAAGCAACGUGGGGUGGCCUACGUGGGUGGCUCUCCUGGUGUCCGUUUGCGUGGCAACUCGCCUCAUCAGCGGACUGCAAAGUCGCCUCGGUAGUGGAACCGAGACGGGACUAAUUCGCUCGGCUCGGAUGGUGCCUUACUGGCUCCCGUGGAUAGGCCAUGGUAUAUCCUUCGCCCGGGAUCAUGUGAAGCUGAUUGGGAAUGCCAGGGAAUCUAUGAACGAGCCUGUCUUCGGUAUCUAUAUGGGUGGCACGAAUCACAUCACAAUUGUCGCCCCUUCAUUAGUCAAAGCUGUGUUUACAGCACGAGGCAUCUCCUCAGCCGAUUUAAUGAACUAUGCCUUGCGGACAGUCUUCGGUGACCGUGGUGCGCUCCGUAGUCUGAGCCCUGCAGACCACCAUGCGCUCAGCCACAGCGUGCCAAAUCUUCUCAUGCGUGAACCCUUCCUCACGGAAGGUACCCGGACUGCUACCCACUUGAUUGAACGCCAGACCCCUAAUUUAGUCUCGAAUUGCCGGAGUAUAGUCGAUCAGAUGCAAUGGGAACGCGGCAGUCAGGCACUGGUGGUGGGACAGGAAGACAUUCUGGUCUGUGAGGUCAACUUCUUCGCCCUGAUUCGUCAUUUUGUUGGCCAUAUCACAACGGCUAUUUUCACAGGAGAGAGCAUUUUAGAGGCCAACCCGACCCUGCUUCCUGACGUCUUUACCCUUGACAAUCAUUUUCUUGCCGUAGCCACGGGCCUUCCUCGGCUAUCACAUCCCGGCAUAUCUGCAGCGCAUACUGCCCGUGACCGGCUGUUGGAAGUUUUGACGGAAUUCCAUAAAGCAUUCUUGGCGUGGGACGAUGGCCUGGAUCCUGGCGCCGAUUUCAGAGACCUGGAUGAUAUCUCAGAGCCUCUAAAAGAACGGAUACGGAAGUGCAAAAGCCUAGGGCUUUCUGCUAGAUCAAGCGCCCCUGCACAUCUGUCUCUGCUCUGGGCCAUGAACUCAAACUCACCCAACGUGGUCUUCUGGCAUCUCCUUCGCAUAUAUGCCGACAGUGCUCUCUUGGAUGAGAUUCGUCAAGAAAUCGCUCCAUUCAUCAAAAUUACCCGGCCGAGCAGGGAAGAGACUGGCCUUCCAUUCGACGAGCCUCCUCGCAUGUCUAUCGAUACAGAAGGCCUCAUCAAAUCAUGCCUUCUUCUGAAGGCUAGCUUCUAUGAGACUUUGCGCCUGGACUCUGCAUCUUUAUCAUUUCGGAAUGUCACAACCGACUUCACUGUAACCGAAUCUGAAGAAGAUGCAGCUCUGGAUGGGUUAUCGCAGCCUCGAUCAUACAAAUUCAAGAAGGGCGAUGCUAUUGUCAUCCCUCACGCCGUCAUCCACCAUGACCAUCGAUAUUUCUCCAAUCCCAGCCAGUUUGAUCCACUGAGAUUUGUCACGACCGACCCAGACACUGGCGAGAAGAAAGCAAGUAUGGACAUCAUCAAACCGUUUGGCGGGGGCGUGUCAGGGUGUAAAGGUCGCGCUUUUGCAGAGCGAAAGCUUCUGGCUUUCUCUGCCGCAAUCAUCGCCUUAUGGGACGUUGAACCCGCCCAGGGCAAAGAUUUUGUCAUACCAGAGCAUAGACCAUCCGCUGCAGCUUUCUUGCCGAAGACUGAUAUCAGGGUACGAAUGCGGCAACGCGUUUAA